CUCCCCGUUACACGCGCACCUACUCACACCCGAAGCAACGGAGGAACCUCGUGCUGCACGUCUCCCUUUCCACAGGUCUGUGUUGUGACUGUGUUGACGUGCGCGUGUGACCCGAGGCAAGGCAAAUUAGCGAGAAACCCCUUCCUGUUGGGUUUGGGUACAUUUCGCGGUGUGGCAUCUCGCACAGGUGCUUCACGGGAGAGCCACGGCACGGAAGCCUGGGCGGACCUCCCGGCGGUGUAGAAGCGAAUAGGUGGUGAAUGCUGAUCGCACCGGUUGCAUGCCGUUGCCUCUCCUCGCGGACGCUACCCACACCAUCGCCCUUAGCGUUGAGGUGUUGAAGCAAUAGGGCAUUUCUGCCAUGGCACAUCGACUGAGAUAGACGCGCGGGGACACUAACGCACACGUAUAGCCCGAGGCAGACAUUUGGACGCUUGGCUAGUUUACCCACCUACAUUCCACAUGCCGGAUCUUAAGGACCCAAGCAUGGCAAGCAUGGCCAAGUUCAAGAAGGACAAGGAGAUCAUCGCGGAGUACGAGAGCCAGGUGAAAGAAAUCCGGGCUCAGCUGGUGGAGCAACAGAAGGUUCUGGAACAGCAGACGGACAUGCGAGUACAGCUGCUUCAGGACCUGCAGGAUUUCUUCCGGAAGAAGUCGGAGAUCGAGAGCGAGUACUCACGCAACUUAGAGAAGCUUGCCGAGCGCUUCAUGGCCAAGACACGCAGCACCAAGGAUCACCAACAAUACAAGAAAGACCAGAACCUUCUGUCUCCAGUGAACUGUUGGUACCUGCUCCUGAACGAGGUUCGCCGCGAGAGCAAAGACCACGCCACUCUGAGUGACCUGUACCUGAACAACGUCAUAACACGCUUCGCUCACAUCAGUGAAGACACUACACGACUGCUCAAGAAGAGUAAAGAGAUCAUCUUCCAGCUACAGGAGGAGCUAAUGAAGGUUCUCAAUGAGCUCUACACGGUGAUGAAGACCUACCACCUGUACAACAGUGAGACGCUGAGCGCGGAGGUGAAGCUUCGAGAGGCGGAGCGGCAGGGGGAGCGGGGGGGUCGGGGGGGAGAGGUGGUGUUCGGGCUGCGCACGGAGGAUCGCCACCAGCGCCGCAACAACGCCCGCAAGAUCCAGAAGAUGAAGGAGAAGAGGCAGGCCAAGUACUCUGAGAAUAAGCUGAAAGUGAUGAAGGCUCGUAAUGAGUACCUACUGACCCUGGAGGCCACCAACGCAGCGCUCUUUAAAUACUACGUACACGACCUGUCCCACCUCAUCCAUGCAGGUGGUGCGCAUGGCAGAUAUGUGUGCAGAGCCAGGACCUUGGCUACCACUUGGCUGAGCCGGAAAGCCCCGCGCGACUAUCCUGUCGGCUUCAUGGAGACAUGCCCCCUCAUGCCUACACCGCCUCCCAGAUUCUCCUAUCAGCCACACAUGGGAGACCAGGUGACCCAGCUGACAGCGCUGCCGCAGGUGCAGUCAGAACUGCUGCUGAGAUACACUCAACUGCAGUCCCGCCUCUCCACUCUCAAGAUAGAGAAUGAGGAGGUGAAGAAGACGUGGGAGGCGACGUUGAGCACGAUCCAGGACCUGGUGAGUCUGGAGGACUUCGACGUGUCCGAGAGCUUCCAGAGGAGCCGCUCUACCGAGUCCGUCAAGUCCAGCGUGUCCGACACCUACCUGAGCAAGCCCAGCCUGGCCAAGAGAAGGGCCAACCAGCAGGAGACGGAGCUCUUCUACUUUAUGAAACUGCGUGAACACCUGGAGGGAAGUAACCUCAUCUCCAAACUCCAGGCCAAGCAUGACUUACUGAAGAAGAGCAUAGCAGAAGGUUACAGAGGAGAUGUGAUGACCACAAGCCGUCGAAGGAACUCCCACAGCAGACAGCAGGAGCAAGGAAAAGCCCUUCCCCUUAUCGUGCAGAGCUGCAUCAGAUACAUUAACCUGCACGGGUUGCAGCACCAGGGGAUCUUCAGAGUCUCAGGAUCUCAAGUGGAGGUCAAUGACAUCAAAAAUUCAUUUGAGCGGGGAAAUGACCCUCUGUCAGAUGAGGAGAACGCUCCAGACAUUAACUCGGUGGCCGGAGUUCUAAAGCUGUACUUCAGGAAUCUGGAGAACCCACUGUUCCCCAAAGAGCUCUUCAAUGAGCUGAUCGCCACCGUGCGCAUAGAGAGCCUGUAUGAUAGGGCUCUGAGCAUCCGUAAGAUCCUGACCACAGCCCCCCGCACCUCCAUGGUGCUGAUGAGAUACCUGUUUGCCUUCCUCAACCACCUUACGCCAGGCACCUGCAGGACGGGUAGGUACCAGGCCCACGUCGAGGUCAUCAAGACCAUCGCCGUCCACCACGGAACCUUUCCCCAACCGCCGAGGGCUUCCGGCGAACCACUCAGUGCGCUGGCGUCACAGUACUGUGAGAGUCCGUACAGUGAGUCUGGAGCUCUGGAGGAAGGAGAGCAAGAUGGAGGCACUGAAACACAAACUAGUGAGGAUGAGGCUGAGCCCCUGGAGGCCGUAGCCAAGUUUGACUACGCUGGGCGCUCGGCGCGAGAGCUGUCAUUCAAGAAAGGGGCGUGUCUUCAGCUGUUCCAGCGUGCAUCAGACGACUGGUGGGAGGGGCGUCAUAACGGCAGCACUGGCCUCAUCCCCCACCAGUACAUCAUAUUAAAGAGCGAUGGUGACAGUGUGAAGGUGAAAGCUAGCAGCCCUUCUGAGAGCAACAGAAGCCUGAGCUCACCCGACGAGGCGGAAGCUGAAUUCCUUCAUCAGCAGCAUGUCGCCAGCUCACACACCUCCACCACGGGGACCAGCGCCAUGGUGACGAGACAUGAGUCACUGCGCCGUGACCGGGAGAGCCCGCCCACACCCUCCCAGGGCCGCGCCCGCACGCUGAACCCACACACCUUGGCACAGGAGAUUGAGGAGACGGUGGCAGCUGCCUUGAGUGGGCUGCGUGUGUUGGAGCGGGGUCAGUUGGAGCGGGGUCAGUCGGGUCAGUGUGGAGGUGGCGGAGGAGGGAGCAGCGUGUGUGGUGUUAAGCCGGACCUGGUACUGGACACACUGGAGACGGUGAAGAACGGGGCCCCGAUGGGCCCCACAGGCUCCACCCCCUCCAGCCUGUCCAGCCCGUCUGAUUCGCCGAGCCCCAUGAGCCCGCUGGGCUCCUCCCUCCCACCGCUGCCUGGCCCCGCCUCCCGCCCCCCCGAGCCGCCCGUCACAUUUGAGCCGGUCACCUUCAGCCCCGUGGGCGCCGCCUGCCCCCCCGCGCUGCGGCCUAAGCCGCCCCUCAUGCCCAAGAGCCACACGCCCUCGCAGCAGCCCUCGCCCACGCUGCACCUCCCCCCCGAUAAGUCCGGAACCAUGUGAGCGGAACCGGACCACGCUGGACCGGAGUGGACCGGCACGGAACCGGACCGGCACGGAGGAGGACUGAGACGGAGAUGAAGUCCAGGCUGGGCUCCUGACCAGGAUUCAUGUACAAAAGAUGACUGUAGGGCUGGGUAGCUGAUUGGUCAAAAGAUGACUGUAGGGCUGGGUAGCUGAUUGGUCAAAAGAUGACUGUAGGGCUGGGUAGCUGAUUGGUCAAAAGAUGACUGUAGGGCUGGGUAGCUGAUUGGUUGGAUAGAUUUAACCAGUGAAAAAUGUCAGUGUGCUUUUUUUAGGCGGGUGUGCAGUCCCUCAGUGUGUGUGUGUAGCCGUGCUUGUGUUGUUGUGGUUGUGUUUCAGAAACACACACAUACACACACACACUGGCCAGCACACACUGAGGGAUCCAUGUACAGGACUAGCGCCCAGUGGUCUCUAGGUGUUGGAAAUGUAGUCUUUUAGUGGAGUGUGUUUCGUGUUGUGAGUCUUAGGGCCUUACUGCCACCGAGAGAUCAAAACUGCUCCUCCAGGGUUUCUUUUGAUUGGAUGAGCAAGCUGCUGUGUUGCCAUGGUUUUGUUUGAUUGGCUGGAAAAGCUGCUAUAUUCCCGUUGUUUUUGUUUGAUUGGCUGGAAGAAGCUGCUAUAUUUCUCAUGGUUGCAUUUGAUUGGAUGGAAGAAGCUGCUAUAUUCUCAUGGGGAUGUUUUAAUUGGCUGAUGAUAGGAAGUGAAGUUGGUGUUUGAUUGGUGACAGGGUUUAGCUAACAGGAACAGAGUGCUGAUAGGAACUGUAGUCAGUAAGCUUUAUUCAAAGCCACCUGGUGCAUACCCAUGGCCUCUUUGAGUGCCAGACACUGAAUGUAUUUCUCCUGAAUGUUUUUUUUAGUAUUAUUUCACACGGAUUCACACAUAGCCUUCAUUACCGUGGAGACGCCUUGGUGACCGUAGUAAUGUUGCUGCCGGGGUCCUUAUUACCUUAGCAAACCCCCACACACACACACACACACACA